UGUGCCUGUGGGUAGACACUUAUAUGUCCUGGGAGAUUUCCGGCUUUGUAAAGGCGCCCGCGGGGAAGAAGCGGCUCUCAGCGGCAGAGGAGGAGACGGGGUCGUGAAAGGGCGCGCAGAAAGAAAGUGUCAGGAGCAGGGCAAAAGCGGCACUUCUUGCGCCCCUGGUCGCCGCCACGCACGCCCCCGGUCGUGAUGAGCCACCUGCGCGCGCCGAGUGCGCCCAGUGACUGGGCUGACAGCGGCAGGGAUUUUGGGCCGCAACAGCAGCAGCAGCUGGAAGACAACCUCCUCUUGGGAGAAGAGGCAGCGGCGGCAAGUCGGGGUGGCGCCUUCCCCUCCUCCUGGUUGGGUAUCUGCUGCCCAGGCCGCCUCUCCUCGUCCCCCAGGUAUCUGCUUUCGGGAACAGCUGAGGGGGAGGAAGAGGAGGCUGAAGAGGAGGAGGAGGAAGAAGAAGAGGAGGAGGAGGAGGAGCUCUUGCGGGCUGGUGCCACCGAGCGCGUGAGCGGCCGGAGUUUGAACAGUUCCUCCGGGAAGCAGCUGUGCGCGCUUCAGCAGCCCCAGCAGCCCCGUCACCACCGCCAUCCUCAGGCUGGUAGUGCCCCCUGCAAGACGCCGUUGCCGCCCCCGCCACGGCUCCGCUCACCCUGCCCCGCCGUCGGGGGCAGCGCUCUUCUCCGCCAGGGCUCCCAGGUGAACGGCGUACAGAGGCAGCGGCGGCGGGGGGCAAACGCUCGGGAGCGGCGGCGGAUGCACGGGCUGAACCACGCUUUCGACCAACUGCGCAAUGUCAUCCCCUCCUUUAAUAACGACAAGAAGCUCUCCAAGUACGAAACACUGCAGAUGGCACAGAUCUACAUCAGCGCCCUAGCCGAGCUGCUGCACAGCCCGCUGCCUCCCGAGAGCGCCCCCUGCGGCAAGGGUCCUUCUCUUCCCCCCACUGGCCAGACCUACGAGCGCGCGCCUUGUACCCCCCCAGGAGGGGGCGCGCUGCAGCCCCAGCCGCGGGCCCAGGUUGCGGGCCACGGCAGGACGCGUUUUUCCCUAGAGUCGCCGGGGGCUGCGGGGACAGGAGGAGGCUACCCGGUGCAGCCAGACCCACUGCAUUUCCCCUCCUUCACGGACGGCGCCCUUCUGGGGCAGAAAGCCCCCUCGCCGGGCCAGCUCCUCCAGCCGGCUGGCCAGCAGCCACAAGAGCGAAGAAAAACCUCGCCGCCAGCCCACCGCAGCGACGGGGAGCUCUCGCCUCGCUCGCAUUACAGCGACUCCGAUGAGGCCAGCUAGGCGCGCGCGCCGCUGCACGGGACCAAGCGGCAGGGGCGGGAGGCGGCUUCGGGCUGCUCUCCAGAUCUACGCUUAGCUGGACACGAUGGGGAACAGAGGUGCUGGGCAGACGGGUUGUCAGAAGACUCUCUGGCGUUUAGAGGGCAGCAGGAUCAUGGCCAAAGGAAGACUAGCCUCAUCAACCUUUCAAAAGUGAGAGACUGCGAACGAAAGAGUUUGGGGAAUUUGUUGGGCGAGACUCCGUUGGC